AUGGCUCUGUGUGACUCCGGACACAGCUGGACUCAGGAAGUGCGCCAAGGGUCCAGGACUGAGCUCAGGGACUCCUCCCCCACCAACCCUGGGCCACCGGGAAGCUGCUGCUGCUGCAGGCCGGGGAGCAGACACAGCCCCGCCCCGCCAGUCCUGCCUCCUGGUUCAAAAGCAGCCAAGCCCAAAGGCGAGUGCAGAAGCCCUGAGCGCAUCUCUGAAAGCUGCUGCCACCAGGACCACCGAGACCCCGCCAUGAUGAAUGGCUUCCUUCUCCUCCUCACCGUCAGCCUCCUCGUUAUGGCUCAGAUCCAAACCGGAGUCUUGGGAAACCAGAACAUAACCCAUACCUCCCACCCAAUCAGCCGCGCAGGCGCAGGCGCAGGUGCAGUGGGCGGCUGUUUCCUUCUCUUCCUGACCAACGCUCUCCUCCACCUCUUCUACUUCAGCUGAGGGACCACCUGCCCCAGCCUGGCAGGCGGAGAAUCCCGCCCCUCAAUCUGAGAGCUCCAGCGUGUGGAAAUGGGGGUGGCGCCGGCACUCCACAGCCAAGGUCAAUAAAGCUAUCUUGUACGUGAA